UGUUGUGGCUUCCUAUUUACUGAAACUUCUUAAAGGAGGUUCACACUGAGACACUGAGGCAGCGGAUUGACUGGGGGGCUGACAGUAAGUGUGUGUGUGCUGAGUGGCGGGAGGUGAGCAGGUACACGGUCAGUCAGCAUGACGGCAACACACACAGACCAACGGUUGGCAUCAAAUUAGAGUGAAGAGAUUUUAACUAUGAAUUUAUUAUAGCUUUUUUGUCGGUCAGUGUUGAUAUGAAGUAGGCGUGAAUGCUUUUUUUUAUGACUUCUUUGUUUUAUUUUUUCGCUUCUUUGUUAUUGACUUUGCGCGCGAGGCUAAACUUGCUUUGUAAAGAUGAAGUUUAACGGUUAUCUGAAGCUCCGGAUCGGAGAGGCGGUGGACCUGAAGCCGACCACCUUCUCCCUCCGACACUCUGUCAUCUUCAACAAAGCCCCCCCGGCCCUGGACCCCUACAUGGUGGUGAAGGUGGACGAGGUCAAAAUCGGACAGACUCUCACCAAACAGAAAACCAACACGCCGACGUUCAACGAGGACUUUUGCCUGAACGUGAACGACGGGAAACAGAUCGAGCUGGCGGUUUUCCACGACACUCCAAUCGGAUAUGAUGACUUUGUGGCCAACUGCAUCAUCCUGUUUGAGGACCUCAUCAAAACCUCCAACACAGGGGAGACUUUCGAGGGAUGGAUGGACUUGGAGCCAGAGGGCAAAGUCUUCAUCCAUAUUACACUCACUGGAUGCUUCACUGAUGAUGAUGCCAUAGUGAAUAAGAAGACCUACAAGCAGUUUACAAGGAAGCGACAGGGGGCUGUGAAACGGAGGAUCCACCAAGUCAACGGACACAAGUUCAUGUCCACUUUUCUCCGUCAACCCACCUUCUGUUUCCACUGCAAAGAGUUUAUCUGGGGUGUGUUUGGAAAACAGGGUUACCAGUGCCAAGUCUGCACCUGCGUGGUUCACAAACGAUGCCACCAGCAGGUCGUCACUGUGUGUCCACGCAUGAAGAAGCCAGCAAAGGACCAGCCCAUAACCCAAGGCUUCAGCAUCAACGUGCCUCACAUGUUCAACAUCCACAACUACAAGUCGCCCACUUUCUGUGACCACUGUGGCUCCCUGCUGUGGGGAAUAGUCAGGCAGGGGCUGCACUGUAAAAUCUGCAAAAUGAACGUUCACAUCCGCUGCAGAGGCAACGUCGCUCCCAACUGUGGGGUCAACAGUGUGGAACUGGCCAAUACGCUUGCAGCGAUGGGUCUGCAGGCUGGAGGACUCGCUAAACGCAACUCAGUGGCCAAAAGUGCAGGUGAGAUGAGGACGCCGUCUGAAAGGAAGGGGAGUACGGCCACUCAGCAGGAGACCCCUCGGCUGGGCAUCUCAGACUUCACGUUUCUUCAAGUCCUCGGCAAGGGCAGUUUUGGCAAGGUGAUGCUGGCGAGACUAAAUGGCAAAGAUCUGGUUUUCGCGGUCAAGGUGUUGAAGAAGGACAUCAUUUUGCAAGACGAUGAUGUGGAGUGUACCAUGACGGAAAAGAGGGUGCUGUCACUGGCCCGCUGUCACCCCUACCUCACACAGCUGUACUGCUGUUUCCAGACGCCGGACCGUCUCUUCUUUGUGAUGGAGUUUGUGAAUGGUGGCGAUCUUAUGUUCCACAUCCAGAAGUCCAGGAAGUUCGAGGAGCCCAGAGCACGGUUCUACACAGCAGAGAUAACCUCCGCUCUCAUGUUCCUGCACAGCAAAGGCAUCAUCUACAGAGAUCUAAAACUGGACAAUGUCCUUCUGGACAAAGACGGUCACUGUAAGCUGGCGGACUUUGGCAUGUGCAAAGAGGGCAUAUUUGAAGGCGUGGCCACGGGAACUUUCUGUGGGACCCCGGAUUACAUUGCCCCUGAGAUCCUGCAGGAGAUGCUGUAUGGGCCCUCUGUUGAUUGGUGGGCUCUCGGGGUGCUGCUGUACGAGAUGCUGUCGGGACACGCCCCCUUCGAGGCCGAAAACGAAGACGACCUCUUUGAAUCCAUCCUCAAUGAAGAGAUUGUUUAUGCGUCUUGGCUCAGCGCUGAAGCAGUGAAUAUACUCAAAGCUUUCUUGACCAAAAACCCGGCUCGACGUCUGGGCUGUGUGGCCUCAGACGGUGGAGAGAGCGCUGUGACCAGCCACCCCUUCUUCACUGGCAUCGAUUGGGAGAAGCUGAAUCGUAGAGAAAUAGAGCCGCCCUUCAAGCCCAGGAUCAAAACACCAGAGGACGUCAACAACUUUGACCCAGAUUUUACUCAGGAAGAGCCCACCCUCACGCCCAUCGAAGACCCUCUGAUCCCUUCCAUCAACCAGGAAGAGUUUCGUAACUUCUCCUUCACCUCGCCUGAACUGCUGGAGAGCUAAGGGUCUCCUCAUUGGUCCACUAGUCAUCCUGCACUCUGACUCAUCUCAGUGUCUGUGGCUUUGUCUAAGACAGUUCCCAGCUGUACAUGCAGUAUGAUGCUGCCACAUUCCCCAGAGACAUGAGGGUGCAAAGUGCUGAGAAGUCACGCUUCAAAAGAUCCAGGGACGAACCUGAUGAACUCUUAAGCACUCCUGUAAUUCCCCCAAAAAGUGGCAUGUGAUCAGCUUUUGAAAUGACAUUUAGUUUUGAUUGCGUGAUUCGUGCAAGUGUCUGUGUGGAAGUUGUGUAUUUUGACACGUGUUGUAAAAUGUUUUAACAAAAGUGCACAACCUCAGAAUUCUAUUGUACAUUUUGCUCUGAAUGAGUUCCAGUUAAAUGAAAAAGCACUUUUUGGAGCACAA